AUGAUAACCCGCUUUAAAAAGAACCAUAGAAAGCGUGGCCACGCGAGCGCUAGUCAUAGCUGCAUCGACAAGCAUCGCAAGCACUUGAGGGGUCAUGAAAACGCUGGAGGCAUGCACCACCACAGGAUUCUCUUCGACAAGUACCACCCUGGCAAGGCUAGGAUCAUCUUCCAAGACAAAUAUGCCAGACGAAAAACGGUGGUCGUGAAGUCCUUCAACGAAGGCAUACGUGACCGCCUCUAUGGUCACUGUUUGGUUGUAGGAAUGAAGAAAUAUUUAAGCAAGGUUAUCUGCAAAGAUUAUGCCAAGAAAUCACCCGUCAGGCGCUUCAUCAAGCUCAAGCCUGCCACUCCAACUUUUGGUGAUCUUAACCACCUCAUCUCUGCUACCAUGAGUGGUGUGACAUGUUGUCUGCGGUUCCCUGGACAGCUGAACUCUGAUUUCGGUAAGUUGGCCGUUAACCUUAUCCCCUUCCCACGACUACACUUGUUCAUGGUUGGAUUUGCACCCUUGACAUCCAGAAGAUCGCAGCAGUACCGGGCCCUCACUGUGCCUGAACUGACUCAGCAGAUGUGGGAUGCCAAAAACGUGAUAUGUGCUGCUGACUCACGCCAUGGCCGAUUCCCUACUGCUUCUGCAAUGUUCCGUGGUAAGAUGAGCACUAAGGAGGUUGAUGAGCAAAUGAUUAAUGUCCAGAACAAGAACUCAUCAUACUUCGUAGAGUGAAUCCCUAAAAAUGUCAAGUCUAGUGUUCGUGAUAUUCCACCAAAGGGUCUGAGGCUGUUUCCUACUUCUGUUAAGAAAUCGGCAUCAAUCCAGGAGAUGUUUAAGAGCGAAAGGGAUGCAAUUGCAACUUUCAAGAAGUCUGGACGUAUCCACACUAGUGCGGUAUCAGUUGCUAUUCUCCCUCAGGCUGAUAAGGUAGAUGUCCAAUUAAGGAAUGAAGAUUUGAGAAUUGAUACUUACAGGUCCGGUUGUUCUGGUUGUCAACAUUCAAACACCACCAACAGUGCAGUUAGAGUCACACAUUUGCCCACUGGUAUUACAGUAUCCAUACAAGAUAAACGAUCCCAGCAUAUGAACAAAGCCAAAGCACUUAAAGUACUCCGUGCAAAGCUGUACGAAAUGGAGAGGUCCUGA